UGUCGGUCCUGUGACAGGAAGUUAAAAAAAACACGGAUGUGCUUUGUUUUUGUUUUACAGCCAGCUGUCAGAUGUAGCUUUAGGCUGCAGAUGUAAGUUUAAAUCCGUUAUUUAAACAGGAGGAGGUCGACAAACAACCAUCGUGAGACCUGAGUUUCUAUUUGCAGGUUUUUUGUCUUGAUCUUCAUCAUGGUGGAGCCAACAGCAUCCGGUGUGUUCUGCAGCAGGAUGCUGAGCAUGGUCAACUCUGAGGAUGUUAACGCCAUCAUCCAGGCUCAGAGACACAUGCUUGACCGCUUUGAGAAAACCAAUGAAAUGCUGAUCAACUUCAAUGGGCUGUCUAACGUGCGACUGCAGCAGAUGAACGAACGCUUCCUGCUCCACACCCGCACCCUUGUGGAGAUGAAGAAAGAUCUAGACAGUAUCUUCAGAAGGAUCAGGACACUAAAAGGGAAGAUCUCUAAGCAGUACCCAGAAGCUUUCAGCAAUAUCCAUGAGUCACCGAUCUUAGAGGACGACGAUGACGAGUUUGAUCCAGUUCUCCCGAGUGUUGCCACAACAAUCACAACGGCCACCUCAGAGCAGAGCACAGAGUCAUGUGACACAAGUCCAGAUGUGAUCUCGCCUACCGUGAGCAGAUGCUCUGAGGAUCUCUCUCAAGAGCUGCCCGACACGCCCACUUCUGACUUCCUAGACACGGCUGUCCUGCGGGAUGAAGGUCCUGACUCUGUACCUGCAGAAUAGAGUGGACAGUUUGUGAAUGGACUAAGCUUUGUCCUUAAAACCGUUUUAGCAGCAGGAUGUGUUGUAUAUUUGAGUAUGUGUUGGCCUCCACAAUAUUUGCUGACUUUUCCAGUCAUUAAUUUAUCUGUUGGAAAGAGCAUCUCAAUGUUGAUCGAUGAUGGAAGUGGCUAUGAACUGUUCAUGAGGAUUUUGGACACUUUUUGGCAUGCUUAUUUGUCAGCCUCAGCCUGCACAGCACUAAAAUAAUGCAGAUAAUACUUGAAGUUGUAUAGUAUCUCACUAUAGAUAUAUCUGUCUUAUUGACAGUAAACCUAAGCAAAAGCCCUCACUCAUCAUCUGAUCAUAAGCAUAUUUCAUUUAUUUUUGAGUUUGAGGAGAUGCACACCUGACUGAGGGAAGAAGUCUCAUGAUGUUUCUUAAUGAUUUAUGUUAUUUGAAAGACAAAAAUUAGUGCUCAACUUGAAUAAUAUUAUGUGAAUAGAAUGUGAGUUCUUAAUUCUGUUGUUGUGGUACUGUUAACAACAUUUUCAUAUUGCAGCAAUGUUAUUCUUUGGAGCUCUAUUAAAACCAGAGGUAUGAAUGA